AUGUUCCUUUAUAUGACAUCAUCUUUUAUUCGGAUGCCAGUUUACAACUCUAUGAUGUAUGAGAAAGUUUGUUGGCAUCGGUUUGAUGUAUGUUCAAGAUCAAGAUUCAAAUAAUCACCAUUUUCUUUUACAGUAUGACAACUCCACAGUUGACUGUACAAAUUCCACACAAAUCAGGAGUGACACGGAUAUCCACGAAGAUUUUAACAGGUUCUAUCUGACUUCAUCGUUGUGUUUACUCGUCCCAUCACUUGUGUUUACUGCAUUGUUGGGUUCUUGUAAGUUUGAUGUUGUUGAUCAUCAUGCCGAAUAUAAAUUAGGUGUGUAAUAUCAAUUUGCAUUGCAGUAAGUGACGCCUGGAGCAGUAAGAAAGCGAUGGUAGUCCCUUUCGUCGGCCUCAUGCUUUGCAAUAUCAACUAUGUUAUUCAAGCCAGUUUUAUGCACUUUGAUCCCUAUUAUGUUGUUAUAAGCGAUGUUUUGUUUGGAAUUUUUGGUGGAUACUCUGCAAUUAUCAGUAGGUUGCUUUGGUUCUUAAUGGACAAAUAAUUUGACAUUGUUUCAGGCACAAUGUUUUCUCAUUCGAUUAAGGUUACAAGCUUUGAAGAUCGAAGUGAAAGGGUGGCCCUAUUGGAAGGAGCCAUUGGCCUCGGUGCUACGAUCGGAUCCUUCACUUCAGGAAGUCUUAGACAGUAAGCGCAUCAUUAGUAAACACACGGCUGCUGCUUGUUUUAGAGCCACCAGUUAUGCAGUGGCCUUCAUCAUAAUAGGUAUCCUCAACUUUCUCUCUGCAGUCUAUAUUAUGAUCUUUGCCGAGGACCCACCAUUAAUGGACAAUGGAGAGAAUAGAAGUAAGAGUAAUGCUUUUGAAGGCCUUGAAUUGAAAUUAUUUUUGGAGGGAGUUAAUUCUAAGAAAAAAAUAAAUUUCAGAUCAAAUGUCGUCGAUCGCUGAUGGAAUCAAGAAACGAUUAAUGGAUUAUGGCCGGAUAUUCACCGUGACCAGAGAAAGUUGUCUGAGGGGACUGAUCUUCGCCUCAUUUUUGGCCUUGUCGAUAGAAUUGUUCUCUUAUUCGGGAGUAUCGGACAUCUUGUUCUCGUUCCUCCUUCACCGAUUCGCCUGGACUGACAAGGAAUAUGGAUUCUUUAGGGGACUAUCGAGCGCGCUGGGGUGCGUUAUGGUAAGUACUAUACUGCGGGACUAAAGUUUGGAACAGGCUAUAUUUUCUUUGCGGCUUGAGAUCGGAGUUUCAUUUCUUUUCUAUAAGAAUCGGAAUAUAUUAAAACCCCAUAAUGGAUGCAUAGCCGUAGAAAUCAGAAAGCUCAUAUGAGCAAAAAACAAAAUUUUUAAAAAUAGGUGGGACAAAAGUUUGGAACAGGGUUAGGAAUGCGAUCAUAAAUUUCGCAGUAUAGUCAAAAACUCAUAGGCUUUGGUAUUUUUAGAUGCUGCGAGGUGUCAGGAUCUCAACAACAUACUGAUUUUCAUCGAUGAACUCAAAAUGAAAAAAAUUCUUAUUGAGCCAACAAUGACGGUCAAACUUGCGAAAAAAAAUUAUUUUUUGGGUUGGGUUCUCUAUGUUAUCGGUGUGUAAGCAUUCUAAAAUAUUUGAUAUGGUCGUAUAACCGUACAAAGACACUCAGAUAUCCGCAUAGGAACCUUAUCCGCACAGUAUAAUUUAUGAAAAUUUUGGAAUGUGCUUCGAAUCUUGGUCUAAUGAAUUUCAGAUUUUUUGUAUGACGACAUGAAGACUAAUUGGCCCUUUUAUGAUCACUGUGAGAUAAAAAAGUAUCUUCACAAAGCGAAACCUGACCGCAAUUUGCAAUAUCCCACGCCAGAUGUUUCAAACAUUUAAAAAAAUUUUCGGUCACCAAAAUCAAUGUUUAUAUCGACCUGGAUUCCUAGUAUGAUACAUUGUAGAGUUGGCUAACAAAACUAUAUCAGUGUGGUAAGGAUAAAGGCAUUUAGUUUGGCGCCAUAUGGCGACCUAAAAUUAAGGUAAAAAAUAUGGGUCAUCUUAACAUCUCAUAUGUCCGGGCUUUUCGAAGUUGUGGCGUUUCGUGUUGCAAAUAGCGGUUGGUUUUUGUUUCUUGAAGAUACCUUUUCAUCCCACAAAACCUAAGAAAAGGCCAAUUAGCCAUCAAGCCGCCUUAUAAAAAAUAUAAAAAUCAUUGAACCAAGAUUUGAGGCACAACUCAAAAUUUUCAUAAUUUAUACUAUGCGUAUACGGUGCCAAUGGGAGGAUGUGACUAUCUGUAUGAGAUUAUGCGACCAUAAUUGAUAUUUUAGAAUGCUAAUACAUCGAUAACAUUGGUAACCCAACCCAAAAAAUAAUUUUUUUUCGCAAGUUUGACCGUCAUUGUUGGCUCAAUAAGAAUUUUUUUCAUUUUGAGUUCAUCGAUGAAAAUCAGUAUGUCGUUGAGAUCCUGACUCCUCGCAGCAUCUAAAAAUACCAAAGCCUAGGAGUUUUUGACUAUACUGCGAAAUUUAUGAUCGCAUUCCUAACCCUGUUCCAAAAUUUUGUCCCACCUAUUUUUAAAAAUUUUGUUUUUUGCUCAUAUGAGCUUUCUGAUUUCUACGGCUAUGCAUCCAUUAUGGGGUUUUAAUAUAUUCCGAUUCUUAUAGAAAAGAAAUGAAACUCCGAUCUCAAGCCGCAAAGAAAAUAUAGCCUGUUCCAAACUUUAGUCCCGCAGUAUAUGAUGUGUUUAUCAUGAUUUAUGAAGAAAUGUGUAUGAUUUUAUAUUGUAGACUCUAGUUGGAUAUCCAUUGCUUCGAAAAAGAGCUAACUGGUCCAACGCCAGCCUUGCCAUCCUUGGAGUCCUUAUGAAAAUGAUCUUCCUUAUUGUCCUGGCCACAUCUUACAGUGAAUUCCUCACUUAUCUCACAGUUAUCCCUCAAAGUUUCACUCGGUUCGUUGCCAGUGGCCUCAGGGCAAUGAUUGGACAAUUUAUUUUGGACUCAGAACAGGGUAAGGAAUAUAAUUUUUGAUUUGCUUUUUGGAAUUUCUGGGCGUUGAUACAGUAAUUUUUUAAUUUUUAGGAAGAAUCUUCGCUCUAAUAGCUGUUGUUGAGAGCAUCGCAUCAAUCUUUGCCACCACCAUCUUCAAUGGAUUAUAUCCAAAGACGUUGGACACAUUUGACGGGUUGAUCUUUCUUUGCACAGCGAUUGCUCUCUCAUUGCCGUUGUUUAUCAUACUGUAAGAAUUUUUUUGAAGGUGUUUGACAGUCAUUUGAAAUCUAACUUGAUAUUUUAGUGGUGUCCGUCGGAAAAUGAAGACAGCAUGGGCAGAUGACGAAGAACUGGAACGUUUACGAAGAGAAUAG